AUGAUCCUGUGGAUGAAGACAGAGGAGAUGGCUCUGGGGGAGCUGCUGGAGAGACUGAGGACAGUCACCCAAAGCAUAGAUGAGAUCAUGCAGCUGGACAGCAGCCCCCUCCGUGCCGCUGACAUCACCCCUGACCUCAAGAGGCAGUUUGCCUUCCUCUCAGGAGGCAGAGGAGACAACGGCAGCCCCAUCAUUGUUUUCCCAGAGUUCCCUGCUUUUGGAGAGAUCACGGACAGAGAGUUUCACAACGUGCUGACCUACCUGACUAGCGUGCCCAGUUUGUCUUCAACCGAUGUGGGUUUCAUCCUUGUGAUUGAUCGCCGGCAAGACCGAUGGGCGGCCGUCAAGGGGACCCUGCUUCGCAUCGCAGGCUCCUUCCCAGGGAACCUCCAGCUGGUUCUGGUUCUGAGGCCCACCACCCUCCUGCAGCGCACACUCUCUGACAUCCUCUUCAAGUUCAACAAGGAUGAGUUCAAGAUGAAGGUGCCGGUGAUCAUGUUGAGCUCAAUAACUGAGCUGCACUCCUACAUCGACCGCACCCAGCUGACCCAGGAACUCGGGGGAACACAGGAGUACUGCCAUGAGAAGUGGAUCUCUCACCGCACUGCUAUUGAAGGCUUUGCGUUGAUGGUAAAGAAAACAGCACAGACCCUGCAGUCGUUUGGGACUGAGCUGGCUGAAACUGAGCUCCCCAAUGAAAUCCAGGCCACAACCAUCCUGCUGAGCACACACACCACCAAGAAAGACAAAAUGAAGGAGGACCUGCUGGUGGCUCUGGGUCAGGGCAGCAGGCUGCUGGAGAGCAUCAAUGAGCCCGUAGUGAGAGACCCCGACCACAACAUGAACCAGGAUGAACUGGAGAACCUGGCGACAGUGCAAAGACUGCUGUCCCAGCUGGACGAGACAGAAAGGGCUUUCGAUGAGUUCUGGGUGAGGCACCAGACCAAACUGGAGCAGUGUCGCCAGCUGCGCCACUUUGAGCACAACUACAGAGAGGUGAGGGCGCUGCUGGAUCAGGUGUCUGAGAAACUGGCGACCUACUCUGAGGUGGGGAUCAGCCCAGCCCACGCUGACCAUAUCUUCUGUGAACUCACCACCUAUGAGGAGAAAAUCUGUGAGGUGCUGAACAGAGCCUCGUCAUUGGCCAGUGAGGGUGAUGAGCUAAUCCAGAACUCCCAUUACGCUGAGGACUCCAUUCAGCCCAAAUGCAGCGAGAUCGGAGCAAUCAGUGAGAAUGUGAGCAGCACCCUGAGAGCCAAGAAGGACCACCUCCUCAAAGCGAUGGAGCUGCACCACUGUUUGGAGAGGGCUUCUAAGUGGGUAGAUGAUGGCAUAUACCUGCUGGCGUCUCAGCCAGUAGACAAGUGUCAGUCACAUGAGGGGGCGGAGUUAGCCCUGCAGGAGCUGGAGCGUUACCUGGAUAACGCGGGCCAGAACCAGCUGACAGACCUCAGCACCAUCUGGAGAGAAUAUGAGGCAGUGCUCAACCAGCAGUUCAGGGACCAAGUGGAGAAGGUGUUCCAGAAGCAGACGUCCAUGCAGGAGAUGUUUGACAAGAGGAGGGUCAGCCUGAAGAAGCUAGCAGCCAAACAGACCAGGCCAGUGCAGCCUGUAGCCCCCAGACCUGAAGCCUUCAUCAAAUCCCCUCUCAGCUCGCCUGCCCACCGAGCACAGCAGGAGAAGAACUGCUCAGAGACAGACUCUGGGAACAACUGUGAGAAGGAAAACGGCCAACUGCAGAACGGAGACAGUAACAGCAGACAUGCCUCUCUGUCGGAGGAGGAGGAGAACCUGGCGGUGCUCAGGAGGCACGUUAUGAACGAGCUGCUGGAGACUGAGAGAGCCUACGUGGAGGAGCUGCUCUGCGUGCUGCAGGGAUAUGCCUCUGAGAUGGAUAAUCCAGCAAUGGCAAACCUCAUCCCUGCUCCUUUGCAGAACAAGAAGGAGGUUCUGUUCGGCAACAUGCCGGAAAUCUACCACUUCCACAGGAGGACGUUUCUUAGGGAGUUGGAGCAGUACACUGACUGCCCAGAGUUGGUUGGAAGGUGUUUUCUACAGAGGAUGACAGACCUGCAGAUCUACGAGAAGUACUGCCACAACAAGCCCCGCUCUGAAAGCCUCUGGAGGCAAUGCUCGGACUGCGCCUUCUUCCAGGAAUGUCAGAAAAAGCUGGAGCAUAAACUGGGCUUAGAUUCCUACCUGCUGAAGCCUGUUCAGAGGAUUACCAAAUAUCAGCUGCUACUGAAGGAAAUGCUGAAGUACAGUAAGAGCUGUGAGGGCGCCGAUGACCUGCAGGAGGCACUGACCUCUAUCUUAGGCAUCCUCAAGGCUGUCAAUGACUCCAUGCACCUCAUCGCCAUUACAGGAUAUGAGGGUAAUCUGAGCGAGCUGGGUAAGCUGCUCAUGCAGGGGUCGUUCAGCGUGUGGACAGAGCACAAGAAAGGCCAUGCCAAGGUUAAGGAUCUGGCCCGCUUCAAGCCCAUGCAGAGGCACCUGUUCCUCCACGAGAAAGCCCUGCUCUUCUGCAAGAGGAGGGAGGAGAACGGAGAGGGCUACGAGAAAGCUCCCUCGUACAGCUUCAAGCAUUCUCUGAAUAUGAGCGCUGUCGGCAUUACUGAGAACGCAAAGGGAGACAACAAGAAGUUUGAAAUCUGGUGCAAUUCCAGAGAAGAGGUCUACAUUGUUCAGGCGCCGACGGCUGAAGUAAAAACCACUUGGGUAAAUGAGAUCAGGAAGGUUCUUACAACCCAGCUGGAAGCAUGCAGAGCCAGCCAGCAGAGGGCACCAGACCUGGUUUUCCAGUUCCCUCCUGUGCCAAGCGGAGCAGUAAGUCUCAGUCCUUUCAAGUCCGGUCAGAAGAGCUUUAAAAGGGGAGAGGAGAAGAAAGCUGAGCCCUGCAGCCCUGAUGUCAACUCCUCUUCCUCACCAAAGCCCACAGGAAAAGAUGAGGCUGUGACAAGCCCUACCUCAGACAGAGCAGCCGUGGUUAAAAAGCGCUUUACUUUGCAGGGAUUCAGUAACCUCAAAGCUCAGAAAGGAUCUCCCACAAGCCCCGAUCACAAGACGAAACGGCAGAGCGAUCCCACGCCAUUCGGCUUCAAAGAUGCAGGCCCUCCCCCCCUCCACCUGAGCAGGGCCAGGUGGUUCAGCACCUCUAGUCUCUUACAGACAAAGUGGAGAGGCUGGAACAAGGCCUCGCUGUCGCUGGACGCCUCGGAGGAGCAUGAUGGCUAUUCCAGUGCUGAGGAGCCUCUGAACUCUGACCCGGAGGAGGACAACGGCAAGAAGCUGUGUGCUGGCAAAUAUACAGUGAUGGCUGACUAUGAGAAGGGUGGCGUUCAAGAGCUGUCAGUGAAGAGUGGAGACAUGGUGCAGCUGGUCAAGGAGGGGGAUGAUGGACAGUGGUUUGUGCAUAACCUGAGCACCUCUAAGGAGGGCUGGAUCGCAGCUGGUAAUCUUAUCACACUCAUUGGAAAGUCCAAGUCUUGCCAGUCUCUCACCAGCUCAGAAGGCAGUGGCUCUGGAAACCUCAGCACGUCGUCCAGCUGCAGCGAAACCUACACGAGCUUCUCUGACAUCAAACCCUGAGCUCCCCAGCACUUCCCCCAUCACCAAACUGCCCUCGCGAAAGCUGGCAUCAUGUGGCUGUCUGUGCUGUAUUGCCAACGUCGGUACUCGUACGAAUUUUGUCCGGUUUCCACAGAGAGCUGUAUUUUUUCAGUUUUUAAACUCGUGCACCAGUCGUUCAGAUGAUAUAUCGUACAUGUGCACAUGUUUGAUUGUGGUGCAAUUGUACAGUGAAGAUGCUGGAUUAAUAAAUCCUUCACAGACAGUAAUUUCAAGGCAUAGUAGCGUGAUCCUCCUCCAGCUAUACACUGGUCUGUAUGUUGUCUUUUUUGAUGAAGAGCAGAGGAUCCCUGUUAUUACGAUGUAAUAGAUGUAUGAAUGGGCCAGCGGGACUGAUCUCAGUUAAUGCAUCUAUUUGUGUUCACAUUAAAAGUGGAGAAAGAUGAGUGACCA